UAGUCAAAUCGGAACUGGGGCUCAGUUGUUGCCGCGCAGUCGAACGAUGCGGAUGCGGAGCACUAAGGCAUGCUUUCUGCUGCUGGGAUUGCAGUUGCUCAUCACUGGCGUCUGGCUGGAGGAGGCCAAUGACUGGCCAGAGCCGGAGCUGGAGCUGGAACUGCAAAGACAGCCCGAUAAGCUGGCCUAUUGCCGUGCAUUGCAGCGCUUACAGCUGCAGCACUUUGAGCAAACCAGCUGCUUGAACAUACUCGAGGAUGAGCUAACGAUGACCGGGGAGCUGCUGAUGGACUCUCCGCGACGCUGCUGGUGGGGCUGGGAGCUGUUUGGUAGACGUUGCCGCAAGCGUGCCUAAGAGCAAACUGUGCUGCACAGUCCAACUACAAUAGUACUCCGGUUAAAAUUAAGAAAAAAACAAAUAUAUAUAUAGUAAAGUAAAUAAAAUUACAAACUGUGAAUGUUUACUAGGAAAA